AUGACUGCGGAGGUAAUUCCAUCAACCACGAGAAGUGCAGGCUCGACAUCUCAUGUAUCAUCAUCAAGGAGGACUUCUAAAUCAAAUCAGUCUCCUCGUGGAUCAUCGUCGGUGGCGGCGUCUAGUUCGAACGAUAGCAACAGUUACAACAAGGACUCAUGGAAAUCAUCUGUUUCAAGCGGCAGUUCACUCUCGAGCCUCCGAGAGUCAUUACCGGAAAAUCCACAUCUCUACGAUUUCAAAGAGAUUUUCUCCGCAACAAACAAAUUUCUAUCCAACAAGCACUCUUCGUCGUCUUCUUCCACUGCCUGGCGGUGUGUCAUUCGCGGCGACGACGUGAUUGUCUUUCAACGGAAGUUUCGCCGUCCGAUUGAUGCGGCUGAGCUUCGGGAUCGACUUCUCGUGAUUUGCAAGAGCCAUCACUCGAGUCUGAUUAAGCUUCGAGGUGCUUCAAUGUCCGGAAGCUACAUAUACUUGGUUUACGAUUAUGUUAAAGGUGCUAGCCUUGCCGAUUGCCUUAAAAACCCUAAGAACCCUAACUUCACCAUACUUUCCGAUUGGAUGUCGCGAAUUCAGAUUGCAGCUGAUCUCGCUCAUGGCCUCGAUUACAUUCACAACUCUACAGGAUUGGAGAAGAAAUUCAUCCACAAUCACAUCAAAAGCUCAAGCAUAAUUGUAACCCAGUCAUCGUCACUAAACGCGAAAAUAUGCCAUUUUGGAACGGCGGAGCUCUGCGGCGAAACAGAUAGCAGCUUGGAACGAGAUUCAAGUAAGCCAAAUUCAAGAUUCGUGAAAUUCGAGGGCACACGAGGCUACAUGUCGCCUGAAUUUCAGUCUACCGGAGUUCCGACGCAUAAGUCCGACUUGUACGCUUUCGGAGUUGUACUUCUGGAGAUAUUGUCAGGCGAAGAACCGUUGAAGUACAGACAAGAAAAGGGAAAUUACGUUAGAGUUUCGUUGAUCGAGACGACGAGAGAGGCGGUGGAGAGCGGCGGAGUGAGACGGUGGAUGGAUAAGAGGCUGAAUGACUCGUAUCCGGAGGAGGUGGCGGAGAAGAUGGCACGAUUGGGACUGGAGUGUGUGGAGGAUGAUCCGGAAAAGAGACCCGACAUUAGUUGGGUUGCCGGUCGGAUUUCGAAGCUUUAUUUGGAGUCACAGAGUUGGACGGAGAAGAUGGGACAGCUUCCGACUGAUUUCAGCGUCUCCAUGGCCCCUCGAUGA